CGCGCUGAAGCUCAGUGGAGGCGUCUGGAACUGCAUCCGCAGCAGCAGUCAACCGUCAAGCAUCCAUCCAUCUUUAAAAACAAAUUGGAAUGACAGCCGAGGGCUUUUUUGGGGACACAAGUUGACUCAGCAUUUAUUGCAGCUCUUUUAGGUUCAGCCUCAGUGCUCUCAUGAAUCCUUUUUCCAGCACCAGCUGUUUUCAUCAAACAAGCUCCCCUACACUGACUGUACACUACCUGCUCAGCACCAAACAGCAGAUGGACACAGGUAGAGACUACUUGGUGAAGAAAGUGGAACAUUUAGCCAAUAAAUAUUUUUCUUAACAGCGGGUGGAGACUAACGCAGAUCAAAAAGGAGGGUGAGUACUGGACUUAAGUCAGUGAGGUUGAUACAAACCUAAUUUCAAAUGUAUAAAUAACCAGCUUUUUGCUAACAUGUUCACCAUAAUAACUUUAUGAUGUGAUAAUAUGUCAGGGCUGUUUGUUUAUUAGCAUGUUUUGAUGUUUCUCCACCUCCUAGUGACCAAAAUCUGAUUGGGGCAGCUUUAAAGUCAUACUGCCUGCAAAUACUGCCUGUAUGUUUUCACAGUGUAAAAUAUAUUGAAACUCAAACAACACCUGCAGAAAACAACUUCCCUGCUUGGUAUGAUCCACCAUCUUGCCAAAGGUGUGAUUGAAUACAGCACUUCUCUCUUACCUCCUCAAAGCUCAUUCAGAAGUAGUGUAUUCAGCCAUAUUUUGAGGACUGAUAGUGCGACGUCACAAUAAUUCUGUCUAUGGCCAAAACCAGCUAACAACAAUCACUUCCAGGUAGACAACUGGAAAAUGAUUUCAAUUGCGGAGAUAUGUGAAAUGGUAUUGUUGCUUAUUUCUGUUGGGAUUUUCAUCAAUAAAUGUGACGUUUAAAGCUAUAUAGUUUAACACAGUGGUCCAACCUAUCUGACAUUUCUGCCUUGGUUAUUUUAUGUACUGUGUUGCUUUACUAACAUCUUUAUUAACCAAUUCUACCUGCACAGAAGCUAAGCAAUGUACUGCUGUGGACAGGGGCUGCAGCAAAACAUACUUCACCUUUUAUAGGUGGCUAAAAACUAAUUCAGGCAGCUUUUGCUCAGCACUGUUUCAUUUAAUGUGCGUGAUGCAAGGUUUUUCUACCUGAAAAUGAUUGUAAGCAAAUAUUGUGAUUCAGCUUAAUGACAAAAAAAUUUAGUUCUUGAGAUUCACAGCCAUCUUGGAUAAUGCCUUCAGUUAUUUGUACCUGAACAUGUACACAAUUAAACUUGAUUGUUCAGAGUGCGUUGGGUCAGCAAGCGGUUUUGUUGAAUUCAGUUAUGUUUUUGGCCAUUUUGCCUUUAAUGGACAGGACAGGUAAGCAUGAAAGGGGAAGAGAGAGAGGGGAUGACAUGCAGCAAAGGGCCACAGGCUGGAUUCGAACCCGGGCCACUGCUGCAACAGCCUUGUACAUGGGGCGCCUGCUCUACCACUAAGCCACCAAUGCCCCAAAUCAGUUAUUUAAAAGAAUAUAAAAAGCCAAAUCUGGGGAAAAAAAGCAUUGCAGACAGUCCAGAGGUGCCAGAUUAAAUGGUCUGAGGCUUUUUGCCAAGUGUGGACUGACUUUACACAUCAGCAGUCAUGGGUGACAGAUAGCUAAGUACUCUUAGUUAUCUGGCCUUGGCUGUCUGCCUUCAAAGCAAAAAUACACUGAAAUACUUUCAUGAUCAAGACACUAACAACUGCUCAGUGUUUAUUUUUUUUUCUAACAAAAGACUGAUUUUGUUUUUUUGUUUUGACUGGUCUCCAUUUCAACAUCAGCUGAGCGACAUUCUCUGAAGACCUCAAUGCUAAUCUGACUUGAUCUGAACAUAUAAAUAGCCACUGUGUGGCCUCUUAUGGCUGUCAGCAACAUAGUGACAACAACUGUCCCCGUCCUCAUCAACGUGACCGGCAACCUCACUGGCAACACCACCACGCCCACCGCUGUCCAGGUAGCCCAAGUGAUCAGCUGGUUAACGUUAAGCAUUGGGCUGCCCGCCAUUGGACUGGCUAUUUACACCCUCAAGAACCUCUCCAAAGGUGAGAACAAAAUCCCCAUGCAUGUCAUGUUCCUCCUGAUCUCUGACAUUAUCAGUUUCUUUGGUCGUCCCCGUGUGGACCAGGACAUGGAGACUGGGACCGUCUUGUCCUCCAACGCCACCGACUUCAUCUUCUAUUUUGGUGUCGUCACCAACAUCACACUUAUGCUGUUCAUAGCUCAGGAACGCCAUCUCAUGGUGGCCUACCCGCAGUGUCUUGGCUUCUGCAGCAGCAUCAGACAUUCUCCAGCAGUCACCUUGAUGGCAUGGGCUGCUCCGUUCGCUAUCCUGGCCCUCGCAGUGCUGAAGUACAAUCUUUGGUUCGCUGUGUCUCUGCUUGUUCCUUUUCCCUUCCUCCUCUUUUUUGCUGUGGACUCCUGGAGGGCUCUGAUCUGCUCACGAUCUAACCCUAUCACCCCAGAGAGGAGGAGGUCCGUGUGGGGAAUUGGUGCAAUCUGGGCCAACUAUACCCUCCUCUACGUCCCCUUCAUCCUCAGUGUCCUCCUGGAGGCUCUGUCCUUUAAGGAGGCGGUGACAUACCUGGGGUUGGUGUCUCACCUGCUGCUCUACCUCAGCCCUCUGGUGGAUCCCUUCCUCUACAUACUCAUGACCAAAGGGCCCAAAGAGGUGCUGCAGGCGCUGCCCUGCUGUCAAAACCGAGGUAGGAAAGAGAACAUGAGACCCACUGUGGAUACUGUGUCUGAGACUGUGGAGACGAGACUCUGAGGAGGAUAUACAGUUUAAAAAAAGCUGUCCUAUUACAUCCAAAAGUCAAAUUUUGGACGAUUCAUGCUCCAGUUUUUGUAGCAGAUGCUAAAACCAAUGUUCAGUCAGAGACAUUUGCAUCAAGAAAUUGACCAUUUACAACCAAGUUAGAUUUAACAGAAAAUGCUCUGUUCUUUGAUGGAGAUGUGGAAGAACCUGAGCAGCAACAAGAAUUCUGCUGGAUAAACUAAUACCCCAAUUAAUGAACACAUGAACAUUGAAUCAAAAAAUCAAAAGUUUAGUGUAGCAGAAUGGGUUUCCUUCUUUUUUUCUCUGCUUAUUGUAUCAUCCUUGGGCUGCAUGCGAUGACUCCCUGGAGCCUUAAUUAUUGGAGGCACCACUGAGUGCUAGGCAUGUGCCUGCUAAUCAGAUGUGCAUUUUUGCAUCAGUGGCGUGGUCCACAGUUUGGCGUGGCUGGUUCAGACGCCAUGUCUGUUUUCGUUUGGGUUCCCAGUGACUGUAGCCCAGCUGGCUCUUCUCCGGUGGCAGAUGGGUGGUGAUGGUGGAUGAUAUUGUCUGCUUCAAUCUCUUUCUUAACGCAACACUGCUUCUGCUCAGUGAGCGAGACAUGACCUGGUGGCUCUCGCCCUCCUGUUAUCUUGGGAAACUGUGCCUCUGCUCUCAGGCUCUUGUAUGCCAAACUGUGCAUCACGGUGGUGGCCUGUUCUUGUCCCGGCCUCUGCUAUCUCGGUGCCUCUGCUGUUUUUUCUCUACGUGGUUUUUGUUUCUGCAUCUUUAACCUCUCCAUGUCCUCACAUCUUCAUGUGUUCUGGCUGCUGCAUUUUGCUGGGUUUCUCUCUUUGAGUUAUGCUCCACAGACGCACCUGACUGGUUUGACUUUAAUAGUUUCUUUUUCCUUAUUUUUUUCAUAAUGCAGCUGGUUCAGCUCCACAGCCCUGUCUGCACUUGCUGCAGCAGAGAGUGGUGAAGCUGUCCACUUAGGACACAGGGCAUGUUACGGGUUUCCCUGUGAGAAUAUGAGCAGUGUGUGUUUCUUUUUCUUUCUCUUCUGGAGGUUGGUUUUUGUGGUAAUAUUGGGUUUCUUUUCAGUUUGUUGUUUUGUUUAUUAGCGUGAUUUAUUUAUUCCUUGUUUCAUAGUUGUGCAAUUUUCAUAUGUUUGUAUUGUUGGAUUUUCCUAGUUUUUCUUUGUUUGGCCAACUGUGUGUGCGCGUGAGAGUGUGGUUGAAUUUUAUUCAUAGUUGACCAUAUUCUAAAGAGACUGUCAUUUUCCGAAAAGGAAAAAUUAUGAAAUAAAUUUGUAUGUAUUUUUGGGAGCACAUCUCUGAUUAAGUGUUUUCAAAUCUGUGUGACCUUGUUAAUUUACCCAUAAUUCACCAAGGUUGAAAUUCCCCUAGGUGGUAUUGUGCAGUAGUUGAUUACAAAACAAAACUCUCCCUCCUGCCACAUUAACACAUAAGAAGAUAGUUGGUUGGGGUGGUGGAGAGAGCUUUGGCAGUAAACAGCACUGGCAUGAGUACACCAGCAAUAGCUGAGAAGUGUCAGGUUACACCUUCAUGAAUAUGACUAGCUGUCAUUUGUCACUCAGCCGGUAGCCAAGCAGCUGCUGAAUGAGCCAGUCAUUGUGAAGCAUGAAUGAACCAGUGCUCUGCCUUAACUAAUACUAUGGUUUUGUAAUUUAAAGAAAACAAAAGAAUCCCGUCAGGAUCUCACAAUCACAUUUGUGGUCUUUCCAAACCAAAACACUUGAAUUUGCAGCAUCUUAGCAACUAUUUUUUAACAGACAAAAGUUAACAUUGAAAACGUUUAGGAUCUUAGGAACACCCUAUGAGUGUGUCUUCUUGUCAGUAUAACUGGUAGUCUGUGCAGUUUGCUAGCCAAGACGAUAAAUGUGCUUCUCUAACCUUUCUUUGCAUUGAAUCGGGUUCAUAACCUACGGUGGUUGAGGGCAAAUGCACUAAAACAGCCCAAAACAUUUCCAUUUGGAGAAUCACACAUAAAAUCAAAACAAAAACAAAAACAUGCUGUGGAAAGCCAAUACAAAUACAUUAACACCAAACAUGCUGCAGAUACAGAAAUAAUGCAAAGUCACACACAAACAACUGAAAACAAAUGCAACAUAAAAACACAUCAUAUCCUGUCAGCAUAACAGAAGUUCACCAGGCCUCUGUGGGGAGCAUGAAGUGGAACCACUUGAUUUAGUCACACUAUUAGCAUCAUGCUAAAACUAGCUACUAAAAUCUGUUUCUCUUUUAUCAUAUUGUAAAAGACCAAAAUGUAAAAAACAAAAACAUAUAUACCUUUUUAUAUUGCCUUUUCCACUUUUCCUCCUACUUUGAGAACAAAACUCUCUCCUCUGGUCUCUCUCUAUCUCAGAUCAAAAAUCAAGCUGUUUUGGAUUUUAAUGUGUUUUUUUUAAUUGCCAUUGUUUCUAAAGCUGCAGCAUGUUUCUCCUAAUGGAAAUGUUUUCGGUAGCUGUAGCGCAUUCGCCUGCUGUCUGCCACUGUAAUUAGUACAGUGACAUGUAGUGCUGCUAGCUAACUCCUUAUACCAAAUGGUUGGAGAAGCUUAUAAGGUGUGUCUGAAAGGUGACUCUAAGGAGGACAAUUUUUAGAUUGAGUCUUGAUUUGUGCUUGACUAAAACAGAACAGAGGUUGGUUUUUUAAGUAAAUCAAUGAAGAAAGACAACACACACUCUCAAAAAGAAGAAAAAAGUCUGGAGGUGCUUGGCAACAGAACAACAGUAUAAACAAGAAA